AUGAGCAUGGAGGAUCGCACGGCGAUGAUGGAGUUUGCGGCGGUUGGCCCGACCUCGCCGACUUCAACGACGACCAUCGCGAACUACCUGGGCGAGCUCUUCCCCACAAGGGCCACCGCGGCGGGGGAUGAGGGUGGCACACCGCAGCAGACGCCGGUGCAGUGCAUGGCGUCGACGCCGGAUGACCACAUCUCGGGCGCUUUGUUCCUCGUCGACCCUCUGGUACCUCGACGACGACCGGCCGACUUCCACAACCACGCGCCGGAGACCAUGAGUGAGAUCCUCCGCCCGUUGGUUGCCCCACGACGGAUGGGCGUCCUGGUCGAGAACGUGGAGAUGACACCAGCCGACGCAGCGGCGGCAUCCAAGCAGCUCGGCCUCGAGCCGAUCUUCGCCGCGGCUUCGGACACCUUCGACCUCGACGGCCUCAAGUUCUCAGAUGCCGUGGCAUCGGGUCGCAUCAGGCUACAUGCUCCGCCAGCGGCGGAUGAAAGAUGGAGACGCCUCCAUGCGAGGAAAGGUCACACGGAUGUGCAGCAGAGGUGGCUGCCGGACAGCCGCCACUUUGCGCUGUACUACCAGCGGGAAGGCACGGCGAAGGAGCAGCUGCACCACAUCCCCAAGAACUUCACCGCGAAGACGGUCAACGGCGACCUGGAGCCACGCACUCGGCACUGGCUGCUGGGGAGCGGGUACCUACAGGACCUCGACGAGGACGGGCGUUGGGCGGCGUCGGCGAAACCACAUGUCACACCCCAUGGCGCUGGACCCGACGCUGGAUACGGCGGGAUCGCCGAGGUCAGAGUUGGUGCUCGACUUCUCCGCCGAGUCGGCGAUCGUGGGCCGUGGGUGAGAGCGACCUAUUCGACGCCGGACAAGAAGAAGCUGCUGCGCCGCCUCCACUACCCCGACCUCACGGUGUUGGAGCGAUGGAGAGCACGCGACGACGGCCGCUACCAGAACCCCGUCAGCAUGGAGGAGCUGCGGCGGAUCAACGCCGAUUACGUCAGGGCCAACCGCCCGUUCGUCUGGCCGCUCGUGCGGGAUACGUCGGCGACCCAU